AUGAAUUAUAAAGAUGCAGACCCUGAAGGAAGUGUAUGUUCUCAACCAACUGCAAGUUAAACAGGUGAAAACUUUCAUUAAAAGAAAGUAACUUUUGCCAGGUCAAAACAUGUUACUAAAUGUUCAAAUUGCUAAUUAUAAGAUGUAUAAUUAAAAAAGAUGGCAGAAUAAAUUUAAAAUAUAGAAGAAUAACUUAUUAGUUUUUAAUAACAAAUUGACGAGAAGAAUUAAUAAAAUAAAAAACAAAAAUAAAAAUAAGAGGAGUUGCUCAUAGAAUUGCAAAUAAUUAGUGAAAAGCAUCACUAAGAAUUAAUUAAUAAUGGAAUUUUAUAGAAACAAAAUAUAGAAUUAAGAAAGGAAAUCUUGAAAUUAGAAUAGGAUAUAUCCAAGGUUGAAUGCUAAAAUUUAGAACCGUAUAUCUUAAUUAUUAAUUAUUAGCAUAAAGAGAACUUCUGAAUAGAAAUUUAUUGAAUCUCUAAUUUAAAUGUUUAUGAGCUUUCAUCAAAAAGUUUAAUUCCCAACAAAACCUUAAUUAAAAUAGGUUUGGAAAUGGUUGAAAUAGAUUGUUUCAGAAUAUGCAAUUCUCAAAUAAAAAGAAUUAUUACUUCAUAAAUGA